AUGCUGGGCUUAACCGUGAUAUAUGUACCUCUGGAGAAUAGGGAGUUCACCGUGGAGGAGGGUAGCGCCGAUAAGGAGUUGGUGAAGAGGAUGGAGGGUGUGCUGGCCCAUUGGAACACCCAAAUCAAAAUAGCCCUCUCCGAUCAGGAACAAGCAACUCCGCACGAGUUAUUAUGCCUCGACGACGAAUAUGACUUCUGGACUUAUCGAUACGACAACCUAUGCGGUUUAAAUCAUCAGUUGCAUAAAAGCAUGGUGGAGCUCAUUAUCGACAUAUUAUUGGCUGCACAGUCCACUUACGUGCGGCAAUUCCUGAUGUUGAAGGAAGAAAUCGAGCACGGUACCAUCGAAGCAAAAUCGAACAUCGAGUUCCUGAGCAUUCUGAAGGACACUUGUGCCGAAUUGAAGACUUGUACCACUCCUGCAAGCGUGGCUCAAUACCUGCCAAAAAUGAUGCACCUCUUCAGGACGAUUUGGUUGAACUCCCCGUACUACAAUACCAGCGAGAAGAUAAGCAAUCUCUUCAGCGCGCUCAGCAAUCAGAUCGUCAUUAUGUGCAAAGACUUCAUCGAUUUAGCAGAUGUAUUUGCGGGGCGGACUAAAAAGAGUAUGAAAUUGUUGGACGAAUGUAUAAAAUUGUGCGAGGAUUAUAAAACUCUUUAUUAUAAGAUUGCGAGCGCUCACAUCAAUCUCACACUCCACCCUUGGGACUUAGACACGGGGAAUAUAUUCCGUUACAUCGACAUUUUCAUCGGCAGGUGUCAGGAUAUGAUCGAGAUUUGUCAAGCGAUGAUUGAUUUUGCAAGGUCGGACGAGACGGCUCAGAUUUUGAGUCCCAAAUUCAGCGGUACAAGUGGUGAAGAGCACGAAAGAGUAUGCCAAAAAAUCGAAAGGCUCUUUUACGAAGCUUUGAGCGAAAUCGAGAUCAAUUCGCACAAGAUUUUCGCUGUUCGCGAUUCUACGUGGCACGAUAAUAUGAUCAUAUUUCGUAGCGAAAUGAGGAACUUAGAGAUAAUGAUCGAAAACCUGAUAGCCACCGUUUUCAUGAACGUUAAUAACGUUCAAGAGGGAAUCGAAGAUCUGCGGAGCUUCUAUAAUUAUUUGAAUCGAAAGAAUUUAAAGUCGCUGUUUGACAGCAAAAAUACUAGCGUGUGGCAGAUCUUUGCCGACGAUAUCCAACGAACAAAGCAGGAAGUUCUGAACGAGAGAGAAGAAUAUCCUUCGAUUACUCCGUACUAUGCCGGCAGAGCGUUGAAUCUUCGUCUGAAAGGUGACCGUCUGCAAUCGACGCGAAGAAUGCUGGAGGAGGCCGAGUGGAUGCCCUAUUGCAACAUGAGCGAGGAGAUCUAUCAUCAAGGAGACAUCGUGAUCAGAUCCAUCGAGGAUUCCAUGAAGGAUCUGCAUGCGAAAUGGCUGUACGACGUCGGCGAAAAUCCGCGAGCGCGGCUCGACCGUUGCCUGAUGCGACGUAGCGACAGCAAAUCCGGGUUGCUCGAGUGUAAUAUCGACCCUAAUAUCCUGAAUCUCUGCCGCGAGUGUUCCUAUUGGAUCAGCCUGCGAUUCAACAUACCUGUGAACAUCCAACUGAUACACGACAAGUGGAGCACGUUACACUUUAUAUACGAGAGCGUCCUCGCCGUCACGUUGGCGUACAACAGGAUUAUCGAAGCAUUGUCGCUGACGGAACGUGCGUUGUUUCGCGAAUUAAUUCGGCAGCUCAACCGGAAGAUCAAUCCUGGCUUAACCAAGCUGACGUGGAACACGGAUUACGUGGACUCGUAUAUUGAGGAUUGUUUCAACGAAACGGCCAAUCUUCAAGGGUUUAUCGACACUUACAAGAACUCGAACUUCGAGGUCAUAAAAAUCUGCGAGAACAUCUGCGACACUCCCAUGAUCAAGAUAAGGGUUAAUUACACGUACACAUUGUCUGUAUUAAAAGAGGAGCUCUUGCACGUACGAGACGAGACGUUCCAAGUUAUGACUCAAAGACUCGAUAUGGUAUUUCUAUACAUCAUGGAGAUUUAUGAGGGCUUCAAGAAUGUGAUAGAAGAGAGUCGUACGGAAUGGAAAGAUUAUUUGAUGAAAAUCGAUACAGUAAUCGAGGAAGCCAUUAGAUUGUGUUUGAAGAAUUCUUUAAUCAUCAUGUUUGAAGCUCUUCAUGGUACUGAUACGACAGGACCCUCACCCCUUUUAUUAGUGCAAGCGGAUAUUAUCGAUAACAAAAUAAACUUUAUACCAAGCCUCUUGGAAAUAGCUACAGUAAUAGCAAAUAUUUCGAAUAUUUUGUUGGAGCCCUUGAAAGAUGUUCCGCGACUAGUUAAGAAGUUUAAAAUGCUUCGAGACAAGAGCUUUCCCUUUCCAAAGUUGUACAAGGAGGACAAAGAGCUGAUUGAACUCCAACAGAAACUCAAUAACGAAGUAAGUUAUUGUUUUGCUCAAGUGCAAAAUUAUCUCAAGACCUGGGAACCAUUCAAAGAUAUAUGGGAAAUGAAUAAAGAUCUAUAUAUUCAAAGAUAUGAAAAGUUGAAACCAACAGUUGCAUCUUUUGAUGCGGAUAUAAGUAAAUACAUCGAUGUGAUGAAUAGCGUCCAACUACAGGAAACAAUGACGACUGUGCAUUUCCUCGAUAUAAAUUCUGAUGGAUUGAAAGCCACCAUCAUCGAGCACUGUUCAAUUUGGCAACAGAAGCUUACCGCACUUUUGUUACGUAUGACCAAUGCAAUGGUCGACCACAUUUAUCAUUACAUCGCUGAAAAUUCCACAAAAAUAAUGAAGGAACCGACGGAUCUCAUCAGCAUGCAAUCCGCGCUGCAAUUGUUCGAGAGGCUCACUGCCGAGAUCCCGAAAGAGGAAGAAGAGUUCCCUAAGAUUCAGGAGCAGUUUCAAACUUUGGAAAAAUAUGAGGUGCCGCUAACUUAUGAGUUUAAAAGAAAAUUAAAAGACAUCAACCGUUCGUGGACGGCUUACUUGGAGUUACUUGCCACGUGCGAAGUUACCCUGCUCGAGAAAAAGGAAGAAUUUAAACAAAUAUUGCUGACUGAUGCGACAAUGUUCGAGGAAGAUGUAUCUUCCGUAGUGCGUAGAUUUAACGAUACCGGGCCCUUCACCUCCGACUGGAAUUCAAAGAACGCUUUAAAUUGGCUGGCCAUCUUCCGGAAAGAUAUUUAUUCCUUGAGAGACAGAGAAAAACUAUUAAAAUCACGAAUGAUGAUUUUUGGCAUAAAUUAUCCAGAUUCUCGGGAACUCGCUCAACUCGAUAAAGAUAUAGCCGUGAUCGAAUUGGUGUGGCAAUUGACGGACGAAUGGAACGAUGCCUGGGAACGCUACAAAACCGGAAAUUUCUGGACGAUAGAAUUGGAAGAGAUGGACGCAACCGCUAAUCUCCUCCUCCGGAAACUCACAAAACUCAGCAAAGAGCUCAAAGAAAAGAACUGGGAGAUUGUCGAGAAUACCAGAUUAAAUGUCGAUAAAUUUCGACGUACAUUACCGCUGAUAACGGUAUUGAAGAAUCCAGCGAUGAGAUCGAGACAUUGGAAGCAGGUCAAAGAUACGAUCGAUCGAGAAUUCGACGAAACGUCGGAGGACUUUACUUUGAACGCGAUUAUUAAAAUGCAGAUGCAUAAUUUCGCGGAGCAAAUUAGCGAAAUCUCGAACACAGCCACGAUGGAACUCGCUAUUGAAGUUGGACUUCAAAAUAUUAAAAAUACUUGGGAAACGAUGCCAAUUACAAUGGUUGCAUAUAAAGAUAGAGGAAUCUACAGAUUAAAAGCGACAGACGACAUAAUGCAAGCUCUGGAAGAUCAUCAGGUGCAGCUCUCAUCUAUGAAGGCAACAAAAUUCGUCGAACCAUUUGCCCAGGAAGUCGACCACUGGGAACGGACAUUGUCGACUAUCGAAGAAGUUUUGGAAAUGCUGCUGUUGGUACAAAGAGAAUAUGCGUACUUGGACAAUAUAUUCACUUCCGAAGACAUGAAGAAACAACUCCCAAAGGAGACCGAUGAUUUUGACAAAGUGACGAGCGAGUUAGCUGAACAUACAUCGAGGAUGGCUUCCUACGGUUUGGUACUGCCAGCUACUCAUGUUCCACCUGGCUUGCUGGAAAUCCUGAACAAACUCAAUGACAAGUUGGAGGCGUUGCAGUUGGCGCUCGAGCAGUACCUAGAGACCAAGAGACGAGUAUUUCCGAGGCUCUACUUCGUCUCGAAUGAUGAUAUACUGGAAAUCCUGGCGCAUUCUAAAAGACCGGACCUCAUACAGCCUCAUAUCAGAAAGCUCUUCGCGAACAUCAAGUCCUUGAAGCUCAGCAAGACGCUGACUGGAAAACAUGUGGCUGACGGCAUGUACUCGAACGAGGAAGAGUACGUCGAGUUUAUCGAACCGGUCCUCUUGGAGGGUCAAAUCGAGUAUUGGCUGCGCAAUGUCGAGGCCGCGAUGAGAGUGACCCUGCGCGAAGUGUUGAGGCAGUGUCGGACAGCGUUGCGAAAAAUGCUCGCGAAACGCGACAGGUGGGUGAAAGAAUGGCCGGGCCAGCCGGGCAUUACGUCCACUCAGAUUCAAUGGACGAGCGACUGCACGCGCACCCUGCUACGCUGCAAAAUGGCGGACUCGAAGAAGCCAUUGCGAAGACUGAAGAAGAAACAGAAUCAGACGUUAGACAAAUACUCGGAAACUAUACGAAGUGAUCUGAGUAAGCUGGAUCGAUUAAAAUUCAAGGCAGUUAUCGUUAUCGAGAUACACGCGAGAGAUGUCAUUGAAAAAAUGUAUAAAAUGAAUUGCAGAGAUGUGUCUGCUUUCGAGUGGCUGUCGCAGUUAAGAUUUUAUUGGGAUGCAGACAUGGACGAUUGUAUUGUCCGGCAAACAAACACUCACUUCGUAUAUGGUUACGAGUAUCUAGGUAACACCGGAAGACUUGUAAUAACUCCUCUGACAGACCGAUGUUACAUCACAUUGACAACGGCUCUUCAUUUAUAUCGCGGUGGAAGUCCAAAGGGACCUGCGGGUACUGGAAAAACUGAAACAGUAAAAGAUCUUGGAAAAGCACUCGGUUUCAAUGUAAUCGUACAAAACUGUUCAGAAGGACUGGAUUAUAAAAGUAUGGGUAGAUUAUUUUGCGGACUGUCGCAAACCGGCGCCUGGGGAUGCUUUGACGAAUUCAACCGAAUUAACGUCGAAGUGUUAUCAGUAGUAGCGCAACAGAUACUAUCGAUACUGACCGCCCUCGCCCAAAGACUUACGAGAUUCAUUUUCGACGGCGCCGCUAUAAAUCUGGUGCACACCUGCGGCAUCUUCAUCACAAUGAAUCCCGGUUACGCUGGACGUACCGAACUUCCAGACAAUUUAAAGUCUAUGUUCCGGCCAAUCUCGAUGAUGGUGCCGGACAGUAGUAUGAUUGUCGAAAUUAAACUGUUUGGCGAAGGGUUUAAAAACACACGUGUGUUAGCCAAAAAGGUCUUUACUUUAUAUUCUCUCGCCCAGCAGCAACUUAGUAAACAGCAUCAUUACGAUUUCGGUUUGCGAGGUAUAGUAACACUGACCCGAUACGCUGGCAAAAAGAGAAGGCUGUAUCUCAAUUUAUCCGACGAGGAGAUAAUUAUCCUUGCCAUGAAAGAUAUGAACGUCGCCAAACUUACCUCGGACGAUCUACCGCUAUUCCUCGACAUUACCACCGAUCUUUUCCCCAACGUAGACGUACCCACCGUGGAUUACGAGGAAAUUAUCAGUUAUAUAACCAACGAGGCAAUCAAGUUGAAGCUGCAGCCGAUUCCCAUGAUAGUGACGAAAGUCAUCGAGCUGUACGAGACGAAGGGCUCGCGUCACUCGACGAUGAUUGUUGGCGUGUCAAACACCGCAAAAACCACAACGUGGAAGAUUUUACAGAAUACGAUGACGACAAUGAAGAGCGAUGGAAAGCCAGGCUUUAACGCCGUUCACGUAUAUCCCAUUAAUCCUAAGGCACUAAGUCUCGGUGAACUCUACGGCGAGUACAAUCUUUCUACCGGAGAAUGGCUCGACGGGGUGAUAUCGUCCAUCAUGCGGAAAACUUGUUCCGAGGAAACCGCCGAUGAAAAGUGGAUUCUUUUUGACGGACCCGUGGACGCUGAUUGGAUUGAAAACAUGAACAGCGUCAUGGACGACAACAAGGUACUAACGCUGAUAAAUAAUGAUCGCAUUGCUAUGCCCGAUCAAGUAUCGUUACUCUUCGAGGUGCAAGACUUGGCUGUCGCCUCUCCCGGGACGGUCUCCAGAAUAGGUAUGGUUUAUAACGAUUACAAGAAUCUUGGUUGGCGUCCGUACGUCGAUUCGUGGUUGCAAAAGUAUAGCGCGCAACCGGAAUUUGCUGAGGAGAUGAAUCAGCUGUUCGAGAGCCACGUUAACGCCGCGCUGGAAUUUAAGCAGAAGAAUUGCGAGGAACUCGUACCUGUUCCCGAAUUAAACGCCAUUCAGUCUCUCUGCAAACUGCUGGAGGUAUUCGCGACACCGCAGAACGGCGUGGAAUUAGGCGAAGAUCGCGCUGCCUUCUCCAUAAUAUGCAAAAUGUGGUUCUUCUUCUGCAUGAUAUGGUCAUUGUGUGCCUCGGUCGAUGAGAAAGGUCGUCAGAAGAUGGAUAAUUUCAUAAGAGAAAUCGAAAGCUCCUUUCCGUUGCGAGACACAGUUUACGAGUAUUACGUGGAUACACGUCUCCGUAAUUUCAUUUUAUGGGAGGAAAAAUUACCGCAUUCUUGGAAAUUUCAACCCGGCCUGCCAUUCUACAAGAUAAUAGUACCCACCGUGGACACGAUACGAUACGAUUACGUCGUGAGUUCUCUCCUAUCGAAUGGUUUUCCAGUGCUCGUAGUGGGUCCGGUGGGUACAGGAAAAACGUCUACCAUUCACUCGGUACUUGAGCUGCUAGACGACACGAAGUACGCCGUUCUGCUUGUAAACAUGUCGGCACAAACUACAUCCAAUAACAUACAAGACGCAAUAGAAAGCCGACUGGAAAAACGAACGAAAGGCGUUUAUAUUCCCAUGGGCGGUAAGACUUUGAUCACUUUCAUGGACGACUUUAAUAUGCCCAUGAAAGAGAAAUACGGAUCGCAACCACCGUUGGAAUUAAUUCGACAGUGGAUUAAUUAUGGAUUUUGGUAUGAUCGCCGAAAGCAAACGAGGAAACAUAUUCAAACAAUGCAAUUAAUGGCAGCGAUGGGACCACCUGGUGGGGGCCGCAACAUUAUUACGGAUAGAUUACUCACAAAAUUUAAUGUCAUUAACAUGACUUUUCCAACUGAAAAACAAAUUACAAGAAUCUACGGUACAAUGUUGAAUCAACAUCUUUCCGAAUUUCACUCUGAAGUGAAAGGAAUAUCAAAUGAUAUAACGCUUGCUUCGAUCAAACUAUACAAUCACGUGAUCCAAAAGAUGCUUCCCACUCCAACGAAGAUGCAUUAUUUAUUUAACCUGAGGGAUAUAUCAAAGGUUUUCCAAGGGUUGCUGCGCAGCUAUAAGGACUAUCAGUAUUCGAGACAGACUUUCCUGCGAUUGUGGGUUCACGAGAGUUUCCGAGUUUUCUGCGAUCGGCUUAUUGACGAGAAGGACAGAGAGUGGUUCGUGACUCAGUUGAACGAUCAGCUCGAGAAGCACUUUGAGUUGACCUUCCAUAAUGUCUGUCCGGAGAAAAGAUGCCCCAUUUUCGGUAGUUUUAUGAAUGCCUGGGAUAUAUACGAAGAUCUUCCGGAUAUCGGCGCCGUAAGGCGUUACAUGGAAGAACAGAUGGACGAGUAUAAUGCCUCUCAUGGCGUGGUACGCCUCGAUCUCAUCUUGUUCCGCGAUGCGAUUGAACAUGUAUGUCGCAUCGUUCGUGUAAUAUCGCAGCCUCGCGGUAAUAUGCUUCUGGUUGGAAUUGGUGGUAGUGGUAGGCAAUCGCUUUCACGUAUUGGCAGUUACAUGUGCGAUAUGUCCACCUAUCAAGUUGCCAUUACGGCACAAUAUAGGUUACCAGAAUUUCGUGAAGAUCUCAAGACUCUGUACUCAAUGGUCGGGGUGGAGAACAAACCGACUAGUUUCCUCUUCAACGAUACCCAAGUGGUGGAGGAGCAGUUUCUGGAGAUUGUCAACAAUAUGCUGAGUACUGGCGAAGUGGCUAAUCUCUACAAGAGCGACGAAAUGGAGAACAUUAAAAAUAGACUAUCAAAGGAAGUAACAAAGGCUGGAAAGAUACCAACAACCGAGACGGUAUAUUAUUUCCUGAUUGAGAGAGCGCGUGCCAAUAUGCAUUUGAUCAUGUGCAUGAGCCCGAUCGGCGAUGCCUUCAGGAACAGAUUACGGCAGUAUCCUUCCCUGAUCAAUUGCACGACCAUCGAUUGGUUCUUGGAAUGGCCGAGAGAAGCUCUCCUCGAAGUUGGCAACAAGUUCCUCAUGAAUCUCAAUCUGACGCUCACUAUCACCGGCGAAAAUAAAGUGGAACCGCGGCAAUCCGCGACGGCUAUUCCAUUGCCGCCGUUACAGGACCGAAUGCGCGAUGGAAUUGCAGCAUCAUUCUCUUUGAUCCACGACACGGUGUCCCAGUUCUCUCGCAGAAUGGCCGUCGAAAUGAAGCGUUACAAUUACGUGACUCCUGUGAAUUUUAUCGAGCUGGUAGUCGGUUAUAAAGAGAUGCUGGCAGAAAAGCGACAAGAUUUAGCAGACCAGGCGAACAAACUUCGCGGCGGCCUCUCGAAGAUCGACGAUACUCGGGUGAAAGUUAAAGAAAUGGCGACGGAGCUCGAAGUCACUCAGCAGCAAGUUCAUAAAUCUACGAGGGAGUGCGAAGAAUUCCUCGUAACGAUAGCAAACCAACGUCGCGAUGCCGAUGAAACGCAGAGGCAGGUCACCGCCAAAUCUCAACGUAUCGCCGAGGAGCAAAAAGAAUGCAAGAAGCUCGAAGAGCUCGCGCGAGCUGACCUAGCAACGGUCGAACCUGCCUUGAACGAAGCUAUGAAGGCAUUAGAAGCUUUGAGCAAAAAAGAUUUAGCUGAAAUUAAAUCCUUUACGCAUCCACCGCCGAAAGUCGAGAUGGUGAUGGAAGCCGUGAUGAUUUUAAAGAACUCAGAACCGACAUGGGGGGAGGCAAAACGUCAACUCAGUGACGUAAACUUCAUUAAUACGCUUCGAGACUUCGACAAAGAUCAUAUAUCGGACAGAGUUCUACGAACAAUAGCCAAGUACACGUCCAAUCCCGAAUUCGAUCCUAUAAAGGUCGGCGUAGUAUCUGUUGCAGCUAAGUCACUUUGCAUGUGGGUGAUAGCUAUGGAAAACUACGGCAAAUUGUAUAGAAUCGUGGCACCGAAACGAGAAAGACUGCAGAUCGCAUUAGAAUCAUUGAAGCAGAAGGAAAUAGCCUUAGAAGAGGCAAUGCAGCAGCUGCAAAACUUACACGAGCAGCUCGAGAAAUUACAACGGACGUACGACGCUAAGAUGAAAGAAAAGGAGGAUUUGAUUAAACUGGCUGAAUUGUUAAAGCUAAAACUAGACCGUGCAGCGAUGCUGGUAGAUGGGCUUUCCGAGGAACGAAUUCGAUGGGAGAACACAGUAGCAUCAUUAACCGAAUGUUUCGAGUGGUUACCGGGUGAUUGCUUGAUAUCUACCGGAUUUGUGUCGUACUUAGGACCGUUUACCUCCAAUUAUAGGCAGGAACUUAUAAGUAUUUGGACCAAGGAAGUGCAAAAUAAAGAGAUACCGACAUCGCCAAACCUAGAUGUGAAAGAGUUCCUAGUUGAUCCAUCGACAAUCAGAGAUUGGAACAUUCAGGGAUUACCGUCCGAUGGAUUCAGCACGGAAAAUGGCAUCAUAGUAACGCGGGGAACACGUUGGCCCCUCGUAAUCGAUCCGCAAUGCCAAGCGGCGAAGUGGAUCAAAAAUAUGGAGGCGAAACACUCACUGAGAGUAAUCGACUUUGGUCAAGUUGACUUUAUGAGAAUUCUGGAACAAGCAAUUCAGCUCGGAAGGCCAGUACUGCUUGAAAAUAUCGGAGAGACCCUCGAUCCGAGCUUGAAUCCGCUUCUCCAAAAAGCUUUCAUUAAAUCAGGCGAUCAAAUGAUGAUCAGAUUUAACGAUAAAAUGAUUACUUACAACAAUCAAUUUCGGCUGUUUAUGACUACAAAGCUUUCGAAUCCCCACUAUGCCCCGGAGAUUUCAACUAAAACGACAUUAUGCAACUUCGCCAUUAAGGAGCAGGGUCUCGAAGCGCAGCUCCUCGGGAUCGUGGUCAGGAAAGAGAAGCCGCAGCUCGAGGAGCAGAAAGACAAUCUGGUACUUACAAUUGCAUCCGAUAAACGGGCUCUCAGAGAACUAGAAGAUAAAAUACUUCAUUUGCUCAACGUGGCGGGAGAAUCUCUUCUAGAUGACCUAGACUUGCUGAAUACUCUGCAGACAUCAAAGGCAACAUCUAUCUCCAUUCAAAAGUCUCUAGUUGUUUCUGAACAGACAGAAAAAGAGAUAGAUUUAGCGAGAGAAGGAUAUCGACCAUGCUCGAAACGUGCCGCGAUUCUUUUUUUCGUUCUAAACGACAUGAGCGUCAUCGAUCCCAUGUAUCAGUUCUCUCUCGACGCAUACAACGCACUGUUUAUGCUUUCCAUCGACAAAAGUCCUAAAAGAACAAAACUGUUUGAAAGAAUCGACAGCCUGAACGAAUAUCAUACAUACGCGGUUUACAGGAACACAUGCCGUGGUCUGUUCGAGCAGCACAAGCUACUCUUUUCUUUUCACAUGUGCGUCAAGAUAUUGGAUGCGCAGGGUAAAAUCAUCCCGGGAGAAUACGCGUUUCUGCUCCGCGGCGGAAUCGUGCUGGACCGAGAAAAUCAGCCGGACAAACCCGUGUCGUGGCUGCCGGAUGAAACUUGGGACAACGUCACUGAACUCGACAAGCUACCCGGAUUCCACGGAGUCGUUUCUUCUUUUGAGCAGCUGCCGCGUGAUUGGCACAAUUGGUAUAUCAGUACAGAACCGGAAACUGUACCGCUAGUCGGCGAAUGGGAGGAAGGGUGCACCGAGUUUCAGAAAAUGUUAUUCGUUCGCAGCUGUCGACCUGACAGAAUAUCCUUCUGCAUUACGACUUAUAUCGUUCGCAAUCUCAGUCAAAGUUUCGUAGAACCUCCUGUACUUGACCUAAAAGCGGUGUUGGAUGAUUCCGUGGCACAGACACCAUUGAUAUUCGUUCUUUCACCCGGCGUGGAUCCCACUGGCAUUCUUAUGCAGUUAGCUGACAAUCAAGGCAUGUCUGCUAUGUUAACGACGUUAUCACUAGGCCAAGGACAAUCUCCCAUUGCCACGAGCAUGAUACAGAUCGGUGCCAAAGAAGGAUUCUGGGUAUUUCUUGCGAAUUGCCACCUCUCGCUCAGUUGGAUGCCCAAGCUCGAUAAGAUUGUGGAAAUGCUUGGUUCCAGCCAAACUUUACAUCCAAGAUUUAGACUAUGGCUUAGUUCGAGUCCGACUUCUCAGUUUCCUAUAUCGAUCCUUCAAGCCGGGAUAAAAAUGACUACCGAGCCGCCAAAAGGAUUAAAAGCCAACAUGAAACGCCUUUACGGUUUAAUUACCGAAACUCAGUUCGACUUGUGCCAAGAAAAGUCUAAAUAUAAAAAGCUGCUAUUCACACUGGUCUUCUUCCACUCUAUUCUUCUCGAACGAAAGAAAUUCCAACAACUUGGCUGGAACGUUGUCUACAGUUUCAACGAUUCUGACUUCGAGGUCUCUGAGAAUUUGCUGCAAGUUUACCUGGACGAAUAUCCAGUCACACCGUGGGAAUCUUUGAAAUAUCUCAUAGCAGGUGUUUGCUAUGGUGGUCACGUGACCGACGACUGGGAUCGCCGCUUGUUGAUGACAUACAUCCAGCAAUAUUUCACGGAGGACGUCCUGACUACCCCCCAUUAUCGUUUGUCAUCGCUGCCCACCUAUUACGUGCCCCGCGACGGUUCCUUGGAGUCCUACCGCGACUUUAUCGCGAUCCUGCCGAAUGUCGACAGGCCAGAAGCGUUUGGUCAGCAUCCAAAUGCGGAUAUCACUUGCCUGAUAAUGGAGACUAGGAACAUGUUUGAGACUUUGAUGAGUCUUCAGAUAGAGACAGUCAGCGCAGAAAUUGACGAGGACAAGGAGCAUAAAGUAAUGCAACUCGCGAACGACAUUCUCUCGAGAAUACCGGAAACGAUCGAUUACGAGACAACAGAGAGACUGAUAGGGCCAAGUAAGACGCCGCUGAACGUGGUACUUCUUCAAGAGAUUGGGCGAUACAACGCGUUGUUGACAAAAACUCGGGACAGCCUUGAGGAACUUGAACGCGGAAUUAAGGGAUUGGUGCUGAUGUCUCGCGAAUUAGAAGAAAUCUUUGAGUGCAUAUACGAGGGAAGAGUACCGUCUCUAUGGCUGACCGCGUAUCCGUCUUUGAAACUGCUCGGCGCUUGGACGAGGGAUCUAAUCAAUCGAGUCGAGCACUUCGCCAAUUGGGCUCAAACCACUCAUCCGCCAUUGCUCUUCUGGCUAGCUGCGUAUACAUUUCCGACCGGAUUCCUUACUGCGGUGCUACAAACUUCGGCGAGACUCUGGAACGUAUCUAUCGAUUCAUUGUCAUGGGAGUUUACUGUCUUCACAACGGACGAGUCUGCUAUAAUCGAACCACCUAUGGAUGGCGUAUAUAUCCGUUCCAUUUUUCUGGAGGGUGCUGGCUGGGACAAAGGGAAUGGCAUUCUCAUUGAACCCGCACCCAUGCAACUCGUAUGCAACAUGCCGGUGAUUCAUUUUCUACCUGUCGAACAAGUUAGAAAAAAAGUCAAAGAAUUAUAUCAUUGUCCUUGUUAUUAUUAUCCCUUGAGGAGCGGCGAUCAAACGAGAUCUGCAUUCGUCGUUGCUGUAGAUCUAAAAGCUGGACCGCAAGGUCCAGAUUUCUGGGUGAAACGAGCAACUGCGCUUUUAUUAAGUUUAGCCGUAUAA